CCUCUGUACAUCUGGACUGUCAUUGCAGUCUCAACCUCCACACACGCACGGAGUGGGGAAGAGAGGCACAUUUGCAAGACUGCUCCUGGCGUUUGUUUGUGCCACCCCCCUCCUCCCCCACCUCUGGACCAUGGCUCAAACAACUGACCAAGUCUACUAUUCAACUCUGAACACCUACCAGAAUAUCAUGGAACACUUCAACCCAGGGCUGCAGAAUCUGGUGGUACUGGGAAGCAACUUCGUUAAAGCCUUUAGAACAUUGACCGGAGCAGCCAACACGUACUUCGUUGCAGUCGGGAAGUUUGGCGAGCAGGCAUUGAGGACGUCGACGUCACAGAUACUGGGUCAGAUCCUAUUACAGAUCGCAGACACACAGAGGGAGCUCAACAACGACCUGGAACUAAUUUUUCGGAGGUUUAACGAUGAGCUGCUGCGUGAAAUGGAACGCAAUACUCAACUGGACGUGGAUUAUAUAACUAAAAGCAAACAUCGCUUCGAAAAGGAGCACAGGGAGAGGACUCAGAUGUUGAACGACACAAACACAGAGCUACAGAAGCUGGAGAGGAUGAGAAACUCACACACCAGGGACCUGCAGGAGAAGCUCUGCACGCUGGAGUCGGGCAUGGAAUCAUUCCUGAAGAACAGCUACAGACUGGCUGUGGCGGAGGAGAGGCGCCGUUACCGGUUUCUUGUUGAGAACCAUUUCCACUUGUCGUACUACUUCCUCCGUUUCUAUGGCAAGGCACGAGAGGCCCUCCACAACAAGGUGCCGGGGUGGAGAGAACACACCAGCGCUGCAGCUGAUGGCAACGCCUCGGGCAGGUCCAGCCCUCGCCCCCCCAACAUGGGCGCACCUCUCAACGUGAUCGAGGCUGCCAACAUCGACACCAUCUCAAGACGCAGCUAUCUCCCAAGCCCUCAGCCUUCCCGGCGUGAGGUGAAUGGAGGCGACCUGUUGCCAUUCGCAAACUCUGAGCCGAGCAAACCAGGAGAAAGGAGUCCCUCAAUGAGACUGGGCUCGGCUGGGGGUCAGUUGCAGGGGCCGCGGGGGGACAGAGUCGUGGGGCUGGCCGGCGCCCGUGUCCAGGCCGUCAUCUCCCACGCAGCCGUCCGCAACAAAUCCAUGCUCAACUUCGAGAAAGGAGAUAUCGUCACCAUAUUGGUUCCAGAGGCCAAGAACGGCUGGUUGUUCGGCAAGCUGGAAGGGUCACCAAAGCAGGGCUGGUUCCCCCAUUCCUUCGUGCAACCUUUUCAGGAAGAGAUCCAGACUCACGAGCCGUCACUCAGGCCGUUUCCAAUGAGGAGUGGACGCAGCACGGAGAACCUGCUGGACCCCAAGCGUUACAUGUUGCCGCCGGUGGACUACAGCAACCCUGUGGCCAGCGUGGUCCCCGACCCACCGCCUCUGCCCCACGGCGCCUCCAGGAGUCACAGCCCGGCCCCUCCAGACCUCAGGAGCCGGCGGGGCAGUGCAGUCAGUCUGGCCGUGUCGGAGAGUGGACAAAGCAGGAUCUUUGGCGGGACAGAAAACCAGCACGAACUCUUUCCCAGGGGAACCAAUCCUUUUGCGACUGUGAAACUGAGGCCGACAGUCACCAACGAUCGAUCGACGCCGCUUAUCCGAUAGACGGGGGCGUUAGAAGCGCUGGUCCUGCUGCUCCAGAGAGAGGGAGAGAGCGUGAACCGUGCCAUACACGGUGCUGGAGGAACUCUGCGGGUCAGGCGGCAUCUGCGGAGGGAAAGGACGGACCAUCGUCUCCCGACCCGAAACGUCGCCUGUCCCCCCCCCCCCCCUCCGAUGCUGCCGACUUCCUCCAGCACUUUGUGUUUUGUUCCAGAUUCCAGCAUCUGCAGUUCCCCGUGUCUCCGUGAUCAGUGUCAUGUUGCCUUUUUACCAAUCUUUGGGAUUAAUGUUGUGUUUAGAUCUAUCUCAAAGGAUAAUGGGACGGGCACGGUGGCACAGCGGGUAGUGCUGCUGACUUACAGUGCCAGAGACCCUGGUUCGAUCCUGACCACGGGUGCUGUCUGGUCGUUCCCUCUGUGACCCACGUGGGUUUUGCCUGGGGGCCCGGGUUGCCUCCCACACUACAAAGACUUGCGGGUUUGUAGGUUCGUUAGCUUUUGUAAAUUGCAAUUUGUCCCUUGCAUGUAGGAUAGUGCUAGUGUGCAGGGCAAUCGCUGGGCAGCGCAGACUGAAGGGCCCGUUUCCACGCUGUUUCUCUAAAGUCUACAGUUCUCCUCAUACAAGAGUCGUUGGUCGGGGUUGAACCGCGAACUCUGGUGCUGUGAGACAGCGGCUCUACCCGCUACACCACUGGGCUGCACCUCAGAACCCACAGUCAUCCACGCCUUCAUCUCCUCCCGACUGGACUAUUGCAACUCACUUCUCCUUGGCAUCUGCUCCACCUACAUCAACCGACUCCAACUGGUCCAGAACACAGCCGCCCGACUCAUCACCCACACCAAAUCCUGGCAUCACAUCACUCCAGUCCUCAAACAACUUCACUGGCUUCCCAUCUCCCACCGGAUCACCUACAAAAUCCUGAUCCUCACCUACAAAGCCCUCCAA